UUCAACACUAAAACUAAAAAACGGAACUGGAAAUUUCAAAGAUAAAGGCCCCAAACAGAGAAAACUGGGAACCAUCAGCACAGAGGUCCUGGGUGACUGCUCUUUCCUGCCCAGGAAGCCAGGAGAGACGCAGGCCCUGAAGCACACUGGCUGGCCUAAAACAAGGGCAAGGCCCUUCCUUGUUAAAGACAUCCUGGCCAAACUCAGACUGGUUCUUGUUCCCGCAAGACGCAGGAGAAUAGGGUCUGGAGGGAGGAAACCUAAGGCUGAUUCAUGCUGACUUCCUAGAACUGAAUCAAAAGGAAAACCUCACCUCUCCACACCGAAGUAACAAAAGGAUCAGAGGCUCCCUUUGCACUGCAUAGCAAAUAAAAAAUGAAAAGUACCUCUGACUGGCCCCCUUCUGCAACCAAUCAGAAUGAUUGUGGACCACUCCUUCAUUUACAUAGGGUGUAACAAAGUAACCAAUGGGAAACCUCUGCAGGGUACUCAAACCCUAGAAGAUUUUGCAACUGGUGCUCUUGAGCCUCUUCCUCAAGCCUGCUGUCACUCUGUGGAGUGUACUUUUGUUUCAACAAAUCUGUGCUUUUGUUGCUUCGUUCCUUCAUGGCUUUAUUUGUGUAUUUUGUUCAGCUCUUUGUUGAAAACACCAAGAACCUGAUGGCUUGUGGUCAAGACUCUCCACUGGUAACACAUACACACAUAUGCACAUAUACACACAACCACAUACCUGGCAGGAAGGGGCACAGAACCUGGAGUCCAGUCACCUCUGGCUAUUGCCAGCUAUUUGCUGGGACAGGUCAGUUGUCCUCUCUGAGUCUCGGUCUCCUGGGCUGUAGCCAGGGAGAAAUAAUACCUACUGCACAGGCCUAUGGGGACAGCCAAAAGCCCUUUAUAAACCUAAGAAAGAGAAGUCGUUAGGAACUAUUCAUGGGCAACCCCAUCUUGUACGAGGGUGUUGGUCCCAGUGCAGGGAGCAGGAGACUUGUUUCCAGAGGCUUCCAGGGUAACUUGGAGCAAAUCAUUUACCUUUCUUGGAUUCAGUCCCUGGAAGAAGAGGCCAUCCCAGACCCCUUCCUCCCAGGAACUCAUUCUGUCAGCAAACAUAGCCUGGGGGCCUGCCAAGGGAGGCUGGUACAACCCACCACUGCCCACGGGCUGUGCACGGCCUUGCUGUGGGAACAGGCCUGUAACUGCAUCACAACCCGAGAUCUGGACAAAGGGCAGAGGAAGCUGAGACUCCUUCACCUGAGGUGGGGGCUUGAGGGGCUUGGGCGGACUCUCCAGAAGAGGUGACAUUUCAAUAGGGCCUUGAAAGCCAAAUAGGUAUUUUCCAGAGGGAGAGCGGGGAGGGGCAAAGGCAUUCCAGGCGAGGAUGACAUCCUAUGGUGAGGCAGGCCCACAGGUGGGAAGGAGGGGAGGAUGGGCAGAGAGUUUGUGCUGUGGAGCACAGUGGCCCAGCCAUGAGAGGGGUGCAGAAUGGAGCACACAGAAUGGAGCACACAGAGUGGGCUGGGCAGGCUGGGCAGAGUGCUGACUGAUGGCUGGCUGCAGGGGUGCUCCCCAGGCGUGCGUAAUUGUCCCACGCAUCUAGAGGCAGGCUCUGUCUGAAUCUGGCUCUUUCCAUGGCUCUGAAAACAGUCUUCUUUUUUACCCCUGAUGAAAUCCUGCAGUCUGCUCCCAUGUACCAGUACCUGGAUAGGAAACUGUUCAAGGAGGCCUACCAGAUUGCGUGCUUGGGUGUCACCGACACUGAUUGGCGUGAACUGGCCAUGGAAGCUCUAGAAGGUUUAGAUUUUGAAACAGCAAAGAAGGCCUUCAUCAGAGUACAAGACCUUAUCAGCAGCACUGAGGUAAAAGUUGAAGCAUUCUUAUUUGUCAAGAAAGUGAACUUGGGGUUCAGGGUUCAGGGGCAGCCCUUGUGGCAGGUGUAUUAGUUCAUUUUCACACUGCGGGAAAAAAUGUACGUGAGACUGGGCAAUUUACACAAGAAAGAGGUCUAAUUAGACUUGCAGUUCCACAUGGCUAAGGAAGCCUCACAAUCAUGGCAGAAGGCAAGGAAGUGCAAGUCACAGCUUAUA